UAAAUCAUAAUGAGUAUAAGCAAUGAGAACCGAACAAAUUUUUUAUAGAUAUCACCGCAGUUGCGACACGUGCAACAUAUUGAGAAUAGACCUGUAUUAUAAAAGCAAAUUCAGAUUAAGCUUAAACCGGAUUGAGCGAUUAUCAAAUGGGGGACUAAUGAUUUAUAUAAAAUGUUGGUCGUUUAUAUGAAGUGGGUCAGGUAUAUUACCUUAAUUAGAUAUGAAGUCCUUAAGUUAAAAUGGAAAGAGAUUUGUAUAAUGAGAAGUUAAAUCAUAACCGGAAAUUAACAUAGUUAGGAAGAGAUAAUGAUGUGAUUUUCAAAUUAAAAAUGGAAUAUAAUUAGUAUAUAGGUUGUCAGGAAAUGAUGAGCACUACGACUAGCUAGCCUGCUCGCAUUAAAUGCUGAAGAUAUUAUCUGGAUUCACCUUCUACAUAUAUGUGUAAGUAUCUCCGGUUAUGUGGAGGAGAAUUCGCUAUAAAUACAUGCUUCCUCUAUAAGAUUUAUCACAACCUAAAAACAAAUACUCCGGCUCCAAAGUGAAAAGGAAGAUCAAGUCGAAAAGAAAGCCAGAAGCUCAAGUCUUACAGGGACCACCCAAAAAGGUAAAUUCUGGUUUUAUAUAUAAAAUCGUAGAUUUCCUUUCUUGUUAUAAACGGGACCACAAUAUUAGGUCAUCUUUACAAAUCCAUACGAAUUAAACAUUAUAGGAUUGUACGAUAUACUACUAUAUUUAAUGUUCGACUCUUUGAUGUUAUAUAUUAGUAUGUGGGUUUCCUGAUUUGUUAAAUGUACUUGCUCUAUACGUUUACGCAGAUGGGUCGUCUUGUUCGUGUUUUACGAGGUGAGUGGUCAAAAUCUGAGGAAGGGUUUUGGAGGUUCGACGGUGAUCCUGGAGAUAUGGAACAGUACGUUCUUGUCAAGCAAAACGAACCAAUAAAUUCCUUGAUCGGCCUAGUACGCGAGGAAUUUAUGCUUACCCCACAUACGCCGUUGUUAUUGACUUAUCAGCUUCCGCCAUGGAUGCUCAUGCCUGACGGCCCUAGAGCCGCUCCAUUGAACAUUGUAUGUUCUGGUGACGUUGAAAUGAUGAUGAGUGUCCAUGAGUGGACAAGUGAAGUCAAUCUGUGUGUCACGUACGGUGCAGAAGCCGUCGCAAGAUAUGGUUUCCUCUGCAGGACUCCUUUCAGGUUCGGACAGAGGUCUUACCUAGGCCACGGAGUAAGCGAGGAGCAGCACCUGGCGGCUAUCAAUGGACUUAUAGGGAGGGAUCCUUUCGUAUGCAGCGAGACUGUUAUGCGAGAGAUAUUCAGGGAGGAUGAGAUGGUCAUCUUAUAUCGAGUAUCUUUUGAGGUUGAAAAGGCCCGUAGAAGCCUCGAUUUGAAUGCACACCCACCACCGGAGGAAGUGGUAGUUGAUAUGAGUAUGAGUGAUGAUGGGGUUGUCCCGGAGGUUGGAAGACGUGGAAAUGCGCAGCAGCAUAUAGGGCGUAGUAAUGAAAUGGAAGGUAUGUAGAGCUAUGCUAAAUGUGUUAUAUCCGGAUAAAAUAGUAUAAUAAUCACUGCACUAUAACCGGAUGUAUUAUAAAGUUGAAUACUUAAUAACUGCAAACUAUGUGCGAACAGGGUUAGAGACCGCUAGGAUUGGAUCUCCAGUGGGUCCCCUUAACCCAUCUCCUAGUAUAUUUCGUCAGGCAUUCGCAGAUGAUGGUUUCCCUAGAGAGCAUCAGACCUAUAUACCUAAUUGGGGAGAGGUUGGAGUUGGUCCUGGGUACUGGGAAAACAUGCUAGGUGAAGGUUACGUUUUGCCAAGCUCAAGUGGUAUGAAUGUCCGUGCAAAUGUCAAUGUUAACAGCGUCGGCGAAGGUCUUAAUAUUUCGGUGGCAUCUCCACCGGCGAGACCCACAUAUAUUGUUGAUAUUGAAGGAUCUUCAACAGGCUCUUCAUCUGAUGCAGCGGUUAACAAAAAUGCAGGUAUUGUGGCAUAAGAGUAUGGUUGUAAAUAGUUGGAAGAACAUGUAUUGUUAAAAUAUAUACCACUUUGCAAAUAGUAUGUAUUACCGGCUUUAUUCCGUAAUAACGGUUAUAUAAAGAAAUAUCCCGAUAUUUAUAAUAAACAUAGAUGACACAACCGAGUCCUUUUCCAUUUGUUUGUAGGUCUGGCACCAAGGGAGUGUGGUGUGAGGGAAACAAACGAAAUGCCAAACGUGCAUAUAAUCGACGAGGACCCUUUACCUGCAUAUGGUCGGGCUGAGCCAGAGAAUAUGGUUUACGAGGUGCCCGUCAUCAACGUUGUUGAAGAUGACACUUCUCGCAUCGACAUUGAAGAUACAAGCUCUGAAAUCGCCGGAGGGAAUGGUGGGUUUGAACCUUUGCCCUAAAGAAAAUGAACUAGGGUCGUGAACUUUUUGUGUGAAAUAUUUGGUUAUGUUUGUUUGUUGUGGUUAAUCGGCGGGGGCGAAAA